GAAUUAAUCUCACUUCAUCGCUACAUUUAACUUUAAAUUCAAAUAUAUAUUUCACUAUUUUUUAUAUCACCAAAAUCAAUCUCAAGUCCAAACUGUUAGUAAAAUAUUUGGCCCAAUUUUCCAUAAAAAAAUAUGCACACUUGGUGGAGAAAGGUUAUCAUCUGGGCUAAAAUAGUGCAUAGAGAUAAAUAAUAAAGCGUGAUCAAUUGUCUUUCAGAAAAGAGGCGCGAACUGCUUGGGAGAUGGGAAAAUUUAUAAAGCGUGAUCAAUUCAGUACCAUUUUGAUUGAUUGUUUUAAUCGACGUGCGGUAAUCAGAUGCGCGAACUGCUUGGGAGAUGGGAAAAUUAUCUGUCCCGAGUCCUCGCAUGAGAAUUUGUAAAAGCACGGAAAGCAGAGAGGAAAGCAGCGGACUUACAAGAAACAAAGAAGCUUGAUUCAAAGUUAUUUCACUCCCAGAGUCAAAUCGUUGAGACAGUAAGUAGAAAGAUAUUGCUCUCCUGUUAUAAUUUAUUGCUCAACACUUUUCUACUUAUUCUGUCAUUUUCUCGAACACUUCCUCUACAAUCUAGGGAUGUGGGGAAUCAGGUUUACAAGAUCAAAGCUUUAUGCUUUUUCAUUUUUCGCAAGUGCCCAUUUGAAAGAAAUGCAUUUAAUACCAACCCAAUAUCGAAAUCCCAUCUUUGAAACAGUUGUAACAACAACAAAAUCAAUAGCUACCACCAACCCUUUGAAUCUAUGCUUCUCAUUUCAAUUAUCUUCUUUUGGUACUUCGAAUACUGAUUUGCCAAGAGAACAUAAGGUUGAAAUUUUUGAUGAAAAUAGUGAUAAUGAUAAUGACGGUGGAGAAGAUAGUGAUGAUUUUGAGGGCAAGAAGGGAUUGAGUUUAAGCGAUGGUGUUAUUGAGGACGUAAAGGAAAUUAUGGACAUAAUCCGUGUAACUGGCAGGAAUUAUCUUGAAUUGAAGAUUAAGCUUGAACAAUGUGGUGUAAGGGUUUCCUCUGCGAUGGUGGUGGAGGUGCUUUCUCGGGUUCGACAUGAUUGGGAAGUGGCCUAUACAUUCUUUUUAUGGGCCGGGAAACGACCUGAUUAUGCUCCUUCAUUGCGUGAAUAUCAUUCAAUGAUUUCUAUUCUAGCAAAGAUGAGGAAGUUUGAUACUGCGUGGGCGUUGAUUGAUGAAAUGAGAGGAGGACGAGCAGGCCCUUGUCUUGUGACUCCACAGACUCUAUUGAUCAUGAUAAGGCGUUACUGUGCUGUGCAUGAUGUGGGGAGGGCUAUAAAUACAUUCUACGCGUAUAAAAAGUUUAAGUUUGAUGUGGGAAUUGAGGAGUUCCAUGGUCUGUUAUCUGCCCUUUGUCGAUACAAAAAUGUGCAGGAUGCUGAGCAUCUGAUGUUUUGUAACAAGGAUGUCUUCCCACUUAAUACCAAAAGUUUUAAUAUUAUACUGAAUGGCUGGUGUAAUGCCAUCCGUAGUCCACGUGAAGCAGAAAGGAUUUGGAGGGAAAUGAGCAAGCGAGGUGUUAGGCAUGAUGUUGUGUCAUAUGCAAGUAUCAUGUCCUGCUACUCAAAGGGUUCUAAUCUUAACAAGGUACUGAAGCUUUUCAGCCAAAUGAAAUCAAUGAGGAUUGAACCAGAUAGGAAGGUUUACAAUGCAGUGAUCCAUGCUCUUGCAAAGGCUAGGCAUGUAAAAGAGGCCAUCAAUCUUCUCAAAGUUAUGGAAGAGAAUGGUAUUGGUCCAAAUGUUGUUACUUAUAAUUCACUCAUAAAGCCUCUAUGUAAAGCACGGAAGGUAGAUGAGGCUAGACAGGUAUUUGAUGAAAUGUUGCAGAAUGGCCUCUCUCCUACAAUUCAGACCUACCAUGCUUUCUUUCGUAUUCUAAGAAACGGGGAAGAAGUGUUUGAGCUCUUGAAGAAAAUGAGAAAGUUGGGCUGUCAACCAACCAAUGAUACCUAUAUCAUGCUGAUAAGAAAGUUUAGUCGAUGGUGCCAGUUUGAUAAUGUCUUCAAGUUGUGGAAUGAGAUGAUUGAAAAGGGGGUUGGCACUGACCGUAGCUCAUAUAUUGUAUUGAUUCAUGGGUUGUUUUUAAAUGGAAGGUUUGAUGAUGCAUACAAAUAUUACAUGGAGAUGAAAGAAAAGCAGUUUUUGCCGGAACCAAAGAUAGAUCAGAUGCUUCAGGAUUGGGUUUCUGGUAAGCAAUAUGCUGAUCGAGUAGUGGCUGAUCUGAAGAAUAAUCAAUUGCUAGAUAAAAAGUUGAACAACCAGAUCAGAGUUCAAUCGAAAAAACAUGAUCAGGAGAAAGAUUUUCUCAAGCAACCUGAAACCAGAAGAGUUGUCAGAGAAAGAGGUUUUUCUUUUCAGGAGCAAUAGGUUUGCAUGGUACCAUAAAAUGCCACAAUAUCUACUCUGCAGAUGGGACUAUAGGCUUCAACACUGAGAUUACCUUGGAUUCUAUCCAGUGCAUGGGAUUCUCCAUCAGCAACAACAAUGCCGGAUGCCUUAUUCCCUUGCAACUAUUUGAUAAUACUAAUAUUGUGGUUGAGAAUAUUCUUUUUGAAUACUGAAUAUCCGACCCUAAAAAUGCAUUGAUUUCAUAUUAAUUGGGUGUUACACGACGAAUGUCAUCUAUACAUCUGUAUGAAAUGCACAUGGUAUCCUUUUAUGGAUGGUAAGAUGUUAUUGUGCUGCUCCUCAAAACUGUUUUUGGAUCCAAAAUCUUACUCGGCCUAAUAUGAACUAUGCUUUUUUGUGUAUCUAACAUGGAACUGUGUGGCUACUUAGUCUAAUGGGCAUAGAGUAAGGAGGCUAGCACAACUGUUGCUUCAGUACAAAGAUUAAAUGGAUAUUGUUGCCUAGACAUCUAUAGCUAUACUUUUGCCGCAUUUUAGGCACGAGAACCAAGUAUCUCGAUUGUUUACAGUUCCUUUGCUGUGAGCUCAUCUCUGUCAUGCUGGUUACACUGUUCCUAGUAGUACAAUUUCUGUAAGACAUUAUUGGCACUAAUUCACAUAUUUUAUGCUUGAGGGUGUAACGUGAGACCAGCAAUUAAACCUUGUUUUCUCUGUCAUUUUGUUUGCCCUUGAAAGAAAGGUCUCAGUGCUUCAGAAAGCAUUGGAGAUGCGGAAAUUAGAGUUCCAUAGAAACCCAACACAGCAUAUAAUGAAAGAUUGCAUAACUUUCAACUUGGAAUUAUGAAUCAUUCUGAAUAAUCUCCAGAACUCAUGAAGUCUGUAUUCUCCCAUGCUUUUUCAUGUCUCCUAUACUAUGAAUCAGAUUGCUUUUAUUCCCUCAACUACUCACUGCAUUGAAGAAAAAGUGAAAAUGAUUAAACCCAACAUCCUUGAGCUCAUUUGCAUUCCUACUUGUAAGUAGUUGGUUUAAUGAAGAGUAAUCAUGCAUGUAUAGAUGCAUGGAUUUACAUAGUGAUAUGGUAGCUGUAAUGCAUAAUCUCACACCAUUGACUGGAUUAUUUUCACUCAACUGUAACUCGGCCUCUUUUAUAUUGCCAAUUUAUUUUCAUCCAUUCAUACUUGUGUUCUGUGUUGACUGUAAUAGAGCCUGUUUCAUAUUGCCAAUUUAUUCUUAUCUAGUAAUACUUCUGCUCUAUGUUCCUCCGACUCUUCAUCGUUUUUGAAGUACCCAUGUUUGAAAUUUGGGGGUAAUGACUCUAAAUUCCUGUAAAGAUUUAGGUGAAGAACAUACCUGUAUCCAAGACUCAUGUUUAUUUUUGAGCUACGUAGGUUGUCUUUUUGUUCCUUCAGGAUCUCAAGAAUCUUAAUUCACCCACUUGCAUUUUAUGAGUGUGUUGUUUAUUGACUAUAAGCAUUCUUAUACUAUUUAUAGCCACUGACCUCCAAGCCAUGUCCAUGUCUUAGUUUAAAAGGUCUUCCAUCCAGCAAGGGAUAGUCAAAGCUUAAUACUGUUUAAUACGUCAUAUAUGUUAUGUUCUAAGCUGAGCUGAGCAAUCCAUCUUCUGUUAUGGGGAGAAAUUCAUUGAAAUCUGGCUGACAAUUGAUGGAUUAGAAGUACAGAUUUUGAGAUUUGAUUUGAAAUCAAGAUCUCAGGCAGCCUAUCAACUUCAUCAAUGGCGGAGUUACCUAGUUGUCCUUACGUCCUUUCAUUUCAAAGUAAGUAAACUUCUCUUUCUCUACCUUUCUUUGCCUUCUCAAUUCCAAUAUCACAUAAAUUUCACUAGUGAAUUGUGAACAGGAUUGUGAAUGAAACGGCACUAUGUUGUUCAUAUUCUUAUAUUUUUGGAAUAUUUGUUUUUGACAUCCAUGUCCCGUGCAUAUCAAGGCAUGGAUAUUAAAUAUGACCUUCCAAAUACUUGGAGACGGUGGAUGAUGGCAUGUGAUUAUGUUACUCUGGCACGGAUAGGUGUUGGAUACUGGUAUAUUAUAUAUUCUUCCAGGUUUUAUCAUAUAUUAGAGCGUCCUUGGAGUAUCAUAUCUUCAUAUCCAUAAGCAUCAUAUCUAUAUCCAAGUAUAAUUAUCGGAUCCAAAUACUUUGAUGAUAAGAAAAAUGAAGAGUCAGAAUAAUUGUAAAUCAGUAUGGAUUUAGUUCCAAGUUAGGCUUAACUCAUUAUCUGGUGGGGUGCCUUCAUAUGGGAAAAAGCUGGUGUGUUGCCAUUUGCAUGAGUUAACCACUAGCCUAUACUACACGUGGAAAACUACAAGGGGUCAUUUUCAUGACUUUUUCCACACUUGGAACUUAGUUAGCUGAUGCGUAUUCUUAUAUGCCAUCCAAUUGCCUUUGACUAGUCUUAACUUGUCUGUUUAUAUGAUCAUCCCUUUCUCAGUCAAAUAUCUCUAUCUUGAUGUAAAUUACUGAUUCCAUUGCUUCUAUUCUUUUAUUUCUAUUGAACUCGAAUUCGAAACAUUUUUGGAUAUGGGUAUGGGACAUCCUUCAAGGACUUUCAAAAUACAUAGAAAAACUUGAACAUAUCCGUAUUUGGUACUCCCAUUCAAGUCCAAAUAAUACGAUGAACUUUGAAAAGGAACUGAUUAACAUUUGAUUGCCCAUUGCUUAUUUUCACAGGUGAAUUAAAAGUCUAAGGUUCUCACAACCAAGUAAAGAGAUGCUUUUGAAGGUAUUUAUCAACAAUCAAGGAGGUAUUACACCUUCCCUUUCCCAUAUUGGCUUUUCUUAAAGUUUUUCACUAUUCUCUUUCAUGUCUAUCUGCAAGCUCAGAUAAUGGCAACUUUUAAAAAAUAUCAUUAAUUCGAAUUUGGGGAUGAUUAUUGGAUACCAAUAUGUGUUAAAUUCUAAUAUUUUCAACUUUUUAAACCUUUUUUUUUCCCUAUAUAUUUGUAAAAAUCAUGUCGUAUAUUCAUGUUUGAAUAUGAACCGAAUAGAAGUUGCGAACACGAAUGCUUUAGAAGAAAACAAAGGUCAUUGGCUACUGGAUCAAGGGAUGAUAUUAUAAUUGUGGUUUUGACAUGUGGGUAUUAGAAUUUCAGCUGAACAAGUUACCUGGUACAUGGAAAGUAAUGGAGGUUGAGGGCAAGAAAGCUUGAACUCCCAGAUAAAGCUGUAUUUGGAGAGAAAGAAUGGUACUUUUUCAGCCCGAGAGACAGAAAGUACCCUAAUGGUGCAAGGCCAAACAGGGCAGCUGGAUCUGGGUAUUGGAAAGCAACUGGGACUGAUAAGAUUAUAGUUGCAUCUUCAAUGGCAGCUGGGAGGGGUGGAGUGUU